CACAUCAACUUUUAUAGAUUUCUUGCUUGUCCACAGAGAGGUUUUCACUCUCACUAGUGUUUGUUUAUUUAUUUAUUUAAAUCUACCACACUCACACUGAAUUUAGAAGCUCCCCAGUUCCAGCCACUCGAGUCGUGUCACUGUGACGUGCAGGUGACCAGACAACUUGCUCUGAAGGUCUCUUGUGGUAUGUGGGAGAGUGCCCUGGUUUGGGCUGGGGCAGAGCUGACACUGUUCAGGUGCCAGAUGGGGUUGAACCAUGAGAGAAAGUCAGCCAGGAUGGUCAUGAGGGUGAACUGGCCUAGAGAGCAACAACUCGAAGCAAAAAGAGGUCAAGGAGAACUUGGAGUUUUCUGAAAGCACCUGAGAAAGCAAAGAUGAUCAGUUUGGCCUCCACAAACCCAGAUGUGAAAUCCAAAGGUUAGUUCAGGUUCUCCAAGGCCUCAGUGUGUGUCCCAAGAGGAGAACAGACAAAUCCAGAGUUCUGUUGAGGAGAACAGUAUUUCAGGUGCCCUCAGGGCUGCUUGGGGCUUGAUCUGACACAGGACCUGAGCUGCAGGUGCUGGUUUAUCUGCCAGUGCUCUCAAACAUUCAAAGGCACAACAUGCCCUGCUCCAGUUCCUGUAAUUCACCCCAUUUCCUGUGACCAGAAAACAUGUUUAUUAUUUUGACAAGAGGAAAUACAAUUUCAUGAUGUUGCUCCUGGAUUAUCUCUUGUGCUGGUCCCACUAUCCAGACUCACCAGCUAUGAAAAGGCAUCUUCAUCCUUCUUGGGCAGACACAAAAAAAGUGUUUCAACAGAGAGGCAGAAUUUAACCAGAUCAAAAGGUUGGGAACAGCACAAUGCCAGGAAUGUGAAGGGUGGAUCUGAAGGGCUCAGGGUGCUGGGGGAUCUUUGUGUCCAGAUUGAUCCUGAAGGGAACUGCUCAAGGUGGAAACAUGGUGAGGUCUCCAAGCCUCCUCCACUGACACAGUGCAUGACCCCAUGGCACAACCCUGGGCAAAACCACAGCAUGACCUGUUCUUUUCCUCUAGAACGUGAGCCAUUCACCUGUUAGCAAAAGAAAAUGUGUUUUCUGCGAUGCCACCCCAUUUUAACCACUAUCAGAGGUCUGGUAUCUCCUCUCCUGCUUGAAAGAGCCCCCCUGUGCACGACAGCAAAUGUUUUGGGGAAGAACCCCUGUGGGAUUUGAUGCCUUUCUGCAGCCUCAGGUUCUGAGCUGCAGGAUCUCGUGAGCACCCCAGCUUCAUUUGCUUCCCUUAAAUGAAAUUACUCCCUCUCUGCACAGAGAAAAAACAAAAUAUGCUGUAAAUGCAGGAUAACAGCUCAACAACCCCAAAAUACAAAACUGCUUCAUUUCGUUUAAAAGAUUUUGGGGAUGGCUGGUGCAUUUUAACCAAAAAUGCCGGUUUGUGGAUUAGACAAGGGCUUAGCCCAAAAGUAAGGGAGUGAUUGACAAUUAUUUGCUGCACAAAUAAAUCCAAGCUUCCCCAAAACGCUGCCCCUGUAGAGAGAACUGUGCAGGGCUGAGGGGGACUCACCAGCCCCACGGGCCACGUGCCAAUGGCUCAGCUCAACCCUCAGCAAGUGUGCACAAGGGUGAGCUGCUUUGUGUGAACAAACCCUCCUCCUCCUCUUGUUUUUCAUACAUCCUUCAGGUGCAUCCUGUCAGAUAUUCUCAGUGCUGAGCGCUUGAGAGGUGCUGAUCAUCUGCAUUUGGCCUCCUGCCCACAGGAUACCAGGCUACAGGCAGAGACAACCUUCAUCUGGAGGCCUUAGGGAAAGUCUCCCAGUUAUUUAAAAAUUCCUUUGUGCCUUCUGCCUUUGAAAGGAGGACACUGCCAAGUGUAAAAUGCACAUUGACGUCGGUAAUGAGCCAGAAAUACAAACGCUACACAAAAACGUGCUCUCGGUUGAAAGAACAGAGAGGUUGAGUGGUGUGUGUUGAAGGAGGAGGCUUGAUGUCAAUCUAUCAGCAUUUCAUGGCCAGGAACAUUGUGAUCUUCUCCAAAAGUUCUCCAAAAAUCCAAGAAGCAGAGGAAGGACUUGACGUGGUUACAAACCCCUCACUAUGGUCCGACAUCCCCCGACCUCUCCUUUCCCCAGCUGUAAACAACCAGCUAAAAAUAGGGCUCAGGGAUGGCUGGAUGAGCUGCUGGGGACACAGAAGUAGGAUGUCCCAGGCAGGAUAUCCUGAUAAAACAGCCACUUUGCUUUGGGAUUAACCUCUGACCGCUGGGGAGGGCCAGGCGCAGUGCCAGCCUCCCUGCUGGGAUCUGGGAAUGCUUCACAAAUACACCAGCUCUGCUCCUUCUUCCAGGGAUCAGCAUCAGCUGCUGCAAAAGAUGCCCAGGAAGAAAACCUGGAAUGAUAAACACCUCUUGCAUCUUCCAAAUCCAUUUGCUGUCAGUGGAGAUGACCAGUGUGGGGCUCAGAUUGCCCAGAGAAGCUGUGGCUGCCCCAUCCCUGGAAGUGUCCAAGGCCAGGUUGGACGGGGCUUGGAGCAACCUGGGCUGGUGGAAGGUGUCCCUGCCCAUGGCAGGGGGUGGGAAUGAGAGGGUCCUUAAAGUCCCAAUCCAAACCAUUCCAGGAUUCCAUGAUUUCCUUGCAAGAGAAAUCUGGCAGCUGAGUGGGUGGCAGAGCUGAUGGAUUCUGGUGCACCCUCGAUCCCAGACCCUGAACUGGGAACUAAAGGUUCCUUCUUUCAUUUCUCUUCCACAGCUCUGUUCCUGUUAAAUUUGAAGGGUCAUAGAACCUGUUACAGAAAAUUGACAAAUAGAGCAAGAAUGGUUCUAUUUAUACUUUACCUAGAACUAGAAAAGGAAAGAUGCCAACAGCCAGAUAAUCCAUAGAGCUCUGGGCUGUGAGAUGUGACCGUGGAUAUCAGGUAAAACUGUCCAACUGGAAAUGAGGCACCUCAGAAGUUACAGCACAGCGUGUAUAUGCCUGCAGUGCUCAGCGUUGCAGAAAGGUGGUCAUGCUCAGCAGGCAGUAAAAGAACUAAAAAUUAUAUAUAUAUAUGCCCAUAUAGAAAGGCAAGGAAUUAAAGGAGGCAAAAAGAAAAAAAUUGGGAAUGAUGCACAUUAUGAGUUUUUUUUAUACAACGGUAUUUUGGGAAAAUCUCCACCUUAAACCAUACUAUUAUUUCAGGAAUAAAGUCCAAACCCUUUAGCCUGUAGCCUUGAUAGUCUGAGGCUAACCAAGCUUCCAAGAAAAUGAAGGAAAAUUACUCCCUUCCAGUAACUUACACUGGCAGAGAGUUCAGUUUUCCUUCAGCGAGCCCUUAUUGGAAGGUUGGUGCUUCUGUAUUUUACAGCUUUUAGCAGGCAAAUGGCAAGUGCCCGUGGAGAGGAGCAGGAGCAGCUCGAGAGAAGAACACCAUCACCUCCCACGACUCCUGUGCCAAAAGAGGGACAGAAAUCCAUGGUCUCCAUCCCACGGCGCUUGGACCAAACGACGUCAUCGCCUUCCCAGCGGCUUUAACGUCAUUAGCUGCACACGUUUUGUGGGAGAAGAGAAACAAAAUACAGGAUUUCCUGUUCUGCAGCCACCGGACUGGGCUGCAGAUGCCGGCAGGAUUCCAGCCCUCCGAAAACAUGUGGAAGUUAAACGAGGAGCCGCUGGGAUGGCUGAGGAGCUCGGUGGGCAAUAAAAGCCGGGCGCUCGCUGCUCGUGCUCUCUAGCAUGGCUGUGCCCCCCCUGGGGCACGGCAGGCACGGGAAGAAACCCUUCACCUGCCUUAACCACCCCAUGAGCAAAGAGACUCAGCCGAGAUGGAGAGCAACGCGUCCUCCGGGAACUGCACCGACCCCCAGAUGUCCUUCCAGUCCACCCUGUACGCCACCACCUACACCCUCAUCUUCAUCCCCGGGCUCCUGGCCAACAGCGCUGCCCUGUGGGUCCUGUGCCGCUUCAUCAGCAGGAAGAGCAAAGCCAUCAUCUUCAUGAUCAACCUGGCCGUGGCCGACCUGGCCCACGUGCUCUCGCUGCCCCUACGGACGUAUUAUUACAUCAACCACAGCUGGCCCUUCGGGAGCUUCCUCUGCCAGGUGUGCUUCUACCUGAAGUACCUCAACAUGUACGCCAGCAUCUGCUUCCUCACCUGCAUCAGCAUCCAGCGCUACCUGUUCCUGCUGCACCCCUUCAGGGCCAAGGGCUGGAAGCGGCGCUACGACGUGGCCACCAGCGCCCUGGUCUGGCUCUUCGUGGGGGCCGCGUGCCUGCCCCUCAUCAUCGUGAGGAGCCCGGCCCUGUCCAGCAACAUCAACACCUGCUUCUCGGACCUGGGGGUGAAGCAGCUCAGCCCCGGCGCCUCCAUCGCGCUGGUGACGGUGGCGGAGCUGUUCGGGUUCGUCAUUCCCUUCGGGAUCAUCGCGGGCUGCACGUGGAAGAUGUGGCAGUCGCUGCGGGAGGGCCCCGCGCAGCUGCAGAACGCGGGCGAGAAGCAGAAGGCCCUGAGGAUGGUGCUGAUGUGCUCGGCCGUGUUCUUCAUCUGCUUCACCCCCUACCACAUCAACUUCCCCUUCUUCAUGAUGGUCAUCGAGAACCUCAUCCGGGACUGCGCCGUGCACCGCAGCACGCUGCGCUUCCACCCCAUCUCCCUGUGCCUGGCCAGCCUCAACUGCUGCCUGGACCCCGUCCUCUACUACUUCAUGACCUCCGAGUUCCAGGACCAGCUGCUGCGCCACGGCUGCGUCGCCCUCCGGGCCCGGCUCGCCCAGCGCCGGAGCAGCCUCUCCACCGCUGACACCGACAUCCGCACCAGGAACAGGAACUUCCCACGCUUCAGGUUUUGGUCUCUCCCCAAGUUCUUUGGCCGAAUAAACAGCGUGGAAAUGCCCCCUGUGCCGCCCGACGAGCUGCUGCUGGAGUCCAUCUCCUGAGCAUGGGCAGCUCUGCCCGUGCAGGGGCUUCUCGUCACUCGAGGACUGCAUUAGGUCUCCAAACACACCUUGAAUUCCCCUUGUGUGCCACAGAUGGCAGGAUCUGACCCAGCAGGAUGUUGUGAUGCCAAAAGACUUGCUGGUUGUGUUGUUGCUGCUGGGGGCUGUCGCCUGACACCACUUUCCAUUGGAACACUGUCAAAAUCCCUCCAAAAGCUGUCAGCAGUGCCAGAGCUCCUUGUGCUGAACCACAGCAGGUUCAGACCCCUCUUAUUUUGGUGUUUCAGUGUUUCUACAUAUUUGUCACAUUUGAAAAUCCUUCUGAAUCCUGAGUUAUGAGCUCGCUCCAGGAGUUCCAGCUCUGAACAUGGCACCUACAGCCCAUAGUAACUUAGAGCAUCCACCACACUCACAGGAGGCUCUGGAUCAGGACAGUUUAGUAUCUCCACAUAAACUGAACCUCUUUCCACUACAAAAAUCCACCACCCAGACCUGAUCCAGGCUAAUCUGGACUGUAAGACUAUAGCUCUACAGACAUACACCAAGCAAAGAUCAUUAACCUACAGCCCACCAGUGUUAAAGGGAGUGUGCAAACAAACUGGGCUCAGCUCACACUACUGGGAAAGGCACCCAGAGCUCAGCAAGAGGAUCCACACCUGGCUCCUGGGAGCUGCAGGGUGCUCAGCUGAUAGGGGGGGAUGAAUGUUUGAAGACAAAUAGUGAUGGAUAUGCCAGAAGCAAAGAGGAAGAUGAAGGACAUCUCCCUGGGCACGUUUACUCACAGAAACCUGGUGUGAGCUGCAAAAGUGAGGACUCAUGUUGGUGUUGCUGUUUCUUGUGUUGUUAUGAGGAGUGUUGUGUUAUUUGUCACCUUGCUGACGCCUGUGGUUGUAGAUCCAAACGUUCAGUUUUGCUUUGAAUACCAGCAAAUGUCCCAACCCUCGCUGGGUCCCGAGAAAAGUUUACAAAACUGACCCAAGUACAUCCUGAAAGCUUCAAAUUCCAAGGAAAUAAAAUGAUCCCAACAUGUA